AUGUCAGCACCCUUUGACACAUUGCUUCUAGAAACACCUUCUGUUGUCGACAUCAAGUACACCGUGAAUGGCGUGGACACCAGUCUCUCGCUGCCACUGCAGACUACUGCCACCAUCGGCCAGCUUAAAGUCGAGAAAUCAGUCGAGUUGCUUGACCCAGAUAACUAUCGAGUAGCCUACGAGUUUACACCUCUGGAAGAUCCAGUUGUGAUGCAGCAUUUGGAGAUACAUUACGAGAUGAACUUGCAGCAGCUGGUCAUGCUGGCAGAGGGCUUCCAAUGCUGGAGCACUACGAAGGAACUGGGUCCUCACAGUCGACUGUCUGCUAUCCCCAGCGUCGUAUCUUGGAUCACACAGUUCAAUCUCCAGGGCGACUACGACUUUUUCAACUAUUCUGGACAGCCAGGACACAUUCAUUCAACAGGCUACACUUAUCUACGCAACACGAAAUCCAACCACAUUGUCUUUUUUGGGUCCUUAUCAGAGUCGUCGGGAUACACCUACUACAAGGCAGAUUUGAACAACAACAGGUUUAGCGUAUACAAGGACAUUGAAGGUAAACAGCUCAACAAGGAAGAGACAUUGCGUAUCGAGCUGUUGGUGGCGCAAAGAGACGCCUCACGAGACCUGCGAUCCAUAUGGGAGCAAUACGCGAACCACUUUGACCCUAAGCAUGAAUUCCGCAAUCCUCGCCAUCUCACAGGCUGGUCUUCUUGGUACAACUUUUACGAGCGGGUGACAGAAGACGAUGUGAUUUCCAGCUUGAUAGCUUUCAAACAGCACAAGUACCCCAUUGACGUCUUUCAGAUUGAUGAUGGCUUUGAGCAACAGAUUGGUGAUUGGCUGGAUGUGGAUCCCGUCAAGUUUCCCCGUGGCAUGAAGGUGCUCGCGGAUGAUAUCAAGAAGCAAGGUUAUAUACCAGGUAUUUGGUUGGCUCCUUUUGCUGUGGGAUUCAAGAGCAAGAUUGUCAAGCAGCAUCCAGAUUGGCUGUUGAAGCAUCCGGACGGCUCACUGGUGGUUGCGGGUCCUAACUGGGGUGGAUUUUAUGCAAUGGACAUUUACAAUGAAGAGGCGUGCAAGUACCUGGAGCAUGUGUUUGACGAGGUCAUUGACGUAUGGGGCUAUCGACUGCUAAAGCUGGAUUUCAUCUUUGCAGCAGCCAUGAUUCCUCGCCUUGGUAAAUCUCGCGGUGAAAUCCUGUGGGAUGCGAUGGAUUUGAUUGUCAAGUGGACACACAAGAGAGCCUUGCUGCUGGCGUCUGGUGUGACACUACCGUCUACGUGGGGCAGAUUCGAGUAUUCUCGUGUGAGCAGCGAUGCUUCGCCAUGGUGGGAUCACUCUGUAUUGCGUCUUGCCAAUGUGCGUGAACGGGUGGCUACAAACAAUGCGAUAACGUCCACUCUGAACCGAUGGGCCAUGGGGUCCACCGUGUUUGGUAGUGAUCCCGAUGUUUUUUUCGUCAGAUCAAACAACAACAAGUUGACCAAGGAGGAGAAACACACACUAUUGACUAUCAAUAUCGUAUUUGGACAACUGACACUGAUGUCAGAUAAUGUAAAUGUUUACGACAAGCAAGAGCACAAACUAUACAGUUCCAUAUUCCCCAAGCCUGAAGCCAAGGUGCUUGAUGUGGUCCCUGCUGGCAACGACGUGUAUCAAGCAACGUACGAGUGCUAUGGUCGAGAAUACACCUUUAUCACCAACUUGUCGCCACUUCCAGUUACGGCCCAAUUACCCCUUGGCGAUCAUGGCAACUAUGAUUACUUUUUCGAACGAAGCAAUGUCUUGAUCAGCGGAUCUCGUGUGGAUUGGUUGCCAUCUCAAUCGCACAUUUUCCUCAAAUCGCACGAAACCAGAGUAUUCAUGAAGAUUGCAGCAAAGAACGACAAGUUUAUGGGCUCCACGGGUCAUAUUGUGCCUGGAUCAGAGAUUGAGCAUCUGACAGAGGACGAUCAAGGCGUUGUACAUAUCACUCUCAGAAAACCACACAUGUCAAAAAAGAACAGAAUCUAUCUCAAGCUGGAAUCCAAUAACAGUGAUCUGCCUUCUGUCUAUGUUGAUGGGCAAUUAGCCUCGCGUGUAGAAAGAGUUGUAUGGAAUGAGCAUAUUUCAGUUGCCAAAGUCAUCAUUUUUGAAUAA